GCCCUCAGACUCCGCGGGCGCUCGGGCCGAGCGGGAGACGAGCUGGGGGGAUGCGCUCUAUGAGGGCUCUGCAGAAUGCGCUGAGCGGGACCGGCAGUCACUGCUGGCUGGGAGGCUGGGGUCACCUGAGCCGGAGCCCUCUCCUUGGCGGGGGCGUCCGGCACCACCUCAGUGAGGCCGCGGCUCUGGGCAGGGAGACGCCGCACAGCCACCAGCCGCAGCGCAAGGAUCAUGACUCAUCAGAGAGUGGCAUGCUAUCCCGCCUGGGUGAUCUGCUCUUCUACACUAUUGCUGAAGGACAGGAACGAAUCCCUAUCCACAAGUUCACUACCGCACUGAAGGCCACCGGACUGCAGACAUCAGAUCCCCGGCUCCGGGACUGCAUGAGCCAGAUGCGUCGCAUGGUUCGAGAGUCCAGCAGUGGUGGCCUCUUGGACCGAGAUCUCUUCCAAAAGUGUGUGAGCAGCAACAUUGUGCUCCUGACCCAGGCAUUCCGAAGGAAGUUUGUCAUUCCUGAUUUUGAGGAGUUCACGAGCCAUGUGGAUCGCAUCUUUGAAGAUGCCAAAGAGCUCACUGGAGGCAAAGUGGCAGCCUAUAUCCCCCAGCUGGCCAAGUCCAACCCGGACCUGUGGGGCGUCUCCCUGUGCACUGUGGAUGGUCAGCGGCACUCCGUGGGCCACACAAAGAUUCCCUUCUGCCUGCAGUCCUGUGUGAAGCCCCUCACCUAUGCCAUCUCCAUCAGCACCCUUGGCACUGACUACGUGCACAAGUUUGUGGGCAAGGAGCCCAGUGGCCUACGCUACAAUAAGCUCUCUCUCAAUGAGGAAGGAAUCCCCCAUAACCCCAUGGUCAAUGCUGGUGCCAUUGUCGUGAGUUCCCUGAUCAAGAUGGACUGUAACAAAGCAGAGAAGUUUGAUUUUGUGUUACAGUAUCUGAACAAAAUGGCUGGGAACGAAUACAUGGGUUUCAGCAAUGCCACAUUCCAGUCAGAGAAGGAAACAGGCGAUCGGAAUUAUGCCAUCGGCUAUUAUCUAAAGGAAAAGAAGUGCUUUCCUAAGGGGGUGGACAUGAUGGCAGCCCUCGACCUCUAUUUCCAGCUAUGCUCAGUGGAAGUGACCUGUGAGUCAGGCAGUGUCAUGGCAGCUACCCUGGCCAAUGGCGGGAUCUGCCCCAUCACAGGAGAGAGCGUCCUGAGUGCUGAAGCAGUGCGCAACACCCUCAGCCUCAUGCACUCCUGCGGCAUGUACGACUUCUCAGGCCAGUUUGCCUUCCAUGUGGGCCUGCCGGCCAAGUCAGCUGUAUCAGGAGCCAUCCUUCUAGUGGUGCCCAAUGUCAUGGGAAUGAUGUGUCUAUCACCUCCAUUGGACAAGCUAGGGAACAGCCAUAGGGGCAUCAGCUUCUGCCAGAAGCUGGUGUCUCUGUUCAAUUUCCACAACUAUGACAACCUGAGGCACUGUGCUCGAAAGUUAGACCCACGGCGUGAAGGGGGAGAAGUUCGGAACAAGACUGUGGUGAACCUGUUAUUUGCUGCCUAUAGUGGAGAUGUCUCAGCCCUUCGAAGGUUUGCCUUGUCAGCCAUGGACAUGGAACAGAAAGACUAUGACUCCCGCACAGCCCUGCAUGUUGCUGCAGCUGAAGGACACAUUGAAGUUGUUAAGUUCCUGAUUGAAGCUUGCAAAGUGAAUCCUUUUGUCAAGGACAGGUGGGGCAACAUUCCCCUGGAUGAUGCUGUGCAGUUCAACCACCUGGAGGUGGUGAAGCUGCUUCAGGAUUACCAGGACUCCUACACACCAUCGGAGACUCAGGCUGAGGCAGCGGCGGAGGCCCUGUCCAAAGAGAACUUAGAGAGCAUGGUGUGAGCCUGGGACAUGCACAUGGUCCCUGCUCGAGGAAAAGCACGAGCUGGCCACACACUCAAUCCAUAACCACCAAACAUGCUAUGGACAGCCACACUGCUUCAGUGGGGACCAAGACUUAGGCCACUGCUUUCUGUGAGAGUGAAAAUACCCAAUUCCCUUGACAGACAGAGUCUAGAGAAGUGCCUUGGUGGACACAUGCAGUACAGCAAUCCAUGGAGACGAUGAGCUUCUCUGAGGUACAGCCUAAUGGUUUGGCCCACUCAGAAUCAUCCCAGGUCCCCUCUCCCUCCCCUAAAGAAACCAUCAUGAGAGAGACAGAGAUACUCUGGAAAAGGGGCCCUAGCCACCAUGCACAGGUAUAUGUCCACAGAGGAAGUGGGACAGCCAUGUACCAGGCUUUAACAGUCUGAACAGGUCUGCCCUCCUUGGCUCGAAAGUACUGCUGCUACUGCUAAUUUUAUAGACAGAGAAAGUAUUUUGUGCUCAAAUAAACUUUAAUUACACAAAUUAUUAUUGUUGUUAAACCCAGUUCUUACCCCUCUCCCUUAGGGGUAUCCAGCCGCAUCACCAUCAGAAAGUAGAAUAUGAGGGAACUGCAAGGUCAGAGCCUGAGAAUACCUAUUUCACAUAUAUACUCACCCCACCACGUUUUCCUCAACCCUAAAUAUUACUGUAGGUUAACUGUAUUCUCCUGCCAGAGGUCAGGGUGGGUGGGGGGUUGGGGGAGGGAAAGGUGGCAAUACUUGAGGGUUUGGGACUAAGCAGGCCCCAAAAUGGGUUGUGCAAGACCUCAGGCCUCCCUCCUCCCUCUGGAAGUUCCAACUGUGGCAAAAGUAUCUUAUCUCCUUUGGUCACUGUUGUAACUGGCCCAGUGAUUCUAACAGAUUGACCAAAUGUCAGAGGUGUGCAGAUUAAGGCAGACGGACUCUGGGUGGUGACAGCUGCAGCUGUGUGGGGCUGAGAGUCUGGCACUGAGGUACUGGGGAAGGAGGGCCCUGUUUCAUUCAGACACAGUAAAGCACUUCCUGAGGGAGCCAGAGCCCAGACUCUAUGUACUAUAGAGAGAAAGGGCCAAGUCACUGACUGCACCACUCCUCCAUCCAGAGGUAGAAAGGAUUUACUCUGGAGAGAUCCUGUAGUGCCCCAAAGC